AUGAAUUCGAAAAAUAUGUUGAGUGAAAAAUUAAAACCAUUACGGGUCGUUAAUAAUUAUAAAUUUCGAUUUUAUCGUACAUUAGCGAAUGACGUACAACGGUGGGUAUGUUGUAAAAAAACAUGUAAUGCGGCUAUAAAAUACGAUGUUAAUGGUACCAUUUGUGAACAAAAUACAACACAUAACCAUGAACCAGACGAUCUUCAAUCAAUAUUACGGCAAAAGGUUAGUAACAGUGCUAAACGUAAGGCAGUAGAGCAGUUUAGUGAGCGCCCUUCUAAAAUUAUUCAUUCUGAGAUGUCAAGUACAGCACUAAGUGUACUCGACUCAAAUGAUAUUUCUUUGAUUAGGAAAAAUAUACAUACUACACGAAUGAAUAUUUAUCCGAAGUUGCCACGUGACUUUCCACAAUUGCAUGCGACGCUUCCUGACGUAAUUAAUAAAAUACAGACGAAAAAUAAUGAAAAAUGGAUUUUUAUAAAUGAUGUCCAGAACAAUAUAGUGUGUUUUACAACUCAGAUAAACCUUGAUUUUCUUAAGCAAUGUGAUUCAAUUUUUAUGGAUGGUACAUUUUCAAGUUGUCCUUUUCCUUUUAAGCAACUUUUUGUAAUUCAUGGAUUUAAAAAUAGCUCAUACAUACCAUUGUUUUUUUCGUUGUUGCCUAGUAAAUGUCAUAAUGCGUACAAGACUGUAUUAGAUCAUCUCAAAAAUCAUUUAUGUGACUAUAUCCCAAAUAGAGUUUUCAGUGACUUCGAACAGGCUAUCCACACAGCAAUUAAAGACGUGUGGCCCACUACAAAUUUGAAAGCAUGCCGUUUUCACCUAGGGCAAGCAUGGUUUCGCAAAAUGCAGUCAUUAGGUCUAGCAAAACCAUAUAUGAAACCCGGUGAAAUGUCCGAAUAUUUGAAACUUUUUUUCGGACUUCCGUUUCUACGACCAGAUGAAGUUGACGAUUGUUUUGUCACAGAUAUUAUGGCUCUUCUUCCACCUAAUAAUUCAAAAUUGACUGCAUUUACAGACUAUAUUUUAGAAGUGUAUGUAAGGGAAGAUUCGAGAUAUCCACCGUCAUUAUGGGCUGAAUGUUCGUCUUCCAUAACACGAACAACCAAUGCAUGCGAAAGCUUUCAUUCAAAGCUCAAUAGCAUGUUUUACCACUCUCACCCUAAUAUUUUUAUAUUUAUUGACGCUUUAAAUGAAAUUCAAACGAAUGGAUAUUUAAAAAUGAAUUGUACAAAAAACAGUCGUGUUAAUAAAAAGUCAAUAGAAAAAGAGCAUUUUUUAGCGCAACAAAUACAGUAUUAUGAAGAAGGCGAAAUAAAUCGGCUUGAAUUUCUAAAGUCGAUUUCCUUUAAAUUUAUACCAACAAAAUUUUAA